CGUCGGAUGACAUCCGACCUAAUUAAAUCGCAUAGACGCUGCUAACAAAAUGAAAAUUAUUGUCUCCUACAUAGCCGUUGUUACGCUGUGGCAGGGCGUGUCGGGUUCUCCGGAAACCGUGCUAAGCCCAGAUUUCCAGGUCCACAUAAUUGGAGCCGAUGAAAGUGGAAACCCCACUAUUCGGAAAUGGGUAUCUGAAGGGGCCAACCCCAACAGGAAUUUGAGAGACGCUGCUAUAACCAACGGGCCAAAACUAGACUACCCCAACUACCGAAUAGAUUCCCUUGUUGCCGAUCGUAAUUUCUCGUCGGGAAUUUCUUCAAUAAUGGCCACUGGUCCGGCAAAUAUAGAAAUUGUGAUUGUCGUUGACAAAGAAUUUGGUGACCUCUUUUCCCACAACUAUCAAAGAAUCGUGGAUUAUCUGACCGUUUACUUUUGGGAUGUCAAUAUUCGCUACAAGACACUCCCAAGUCUGGAUAUAUCCUUCCGUGUGAAUGGAUUACUAAUUAUGGAGUCGACACAAGCUCAACCGUUCAUCGAGAAAGCGCGUGCGUCCGACGGCCGCGCAGAAUUUGGUCGAAUUCUAGGUCUUUACAUGAAUUGGAUAUACGAGCAGCGAGGUUGGUUGGUCAGACACGAUUUGGCGCCUCUAAUAACGGCUACAAGGUUGGAAUGGGGUGGCGGUCUGGCAUGGGGAAGUGGAACUUGCGGAGUCGAUAAUGGCAGAAGGAUUGACUGGGGAACGUGCGUUUGGAAUGAUGGCGGGGAUUGGGGUAGCGUUACCGUCGGGGCGCAUGAGAUGGCGCAUACUAUUGGAGCACCACACGAUGACGAUCCAAACGCGAAUUGUCCUCCACCCUACGGCUUCAUCAUGAGUGGAGGAAACGACAACUAUCGAUACUUCUUUUCAGACUGUAGUGACCGACAUAUAUCCCGUUUUGUUAAUUCGGACUCUGCCGCUUGUCUGAGAAGCAUUGAUGGCUUACCAACUACCCCGAUGCAUCCUAGAUUCUCUUCUCCUAAAGCCCCCAGUGUGUUGGAUCUUUGCAAGAAAAGUCUAAAGAAUCCCAACGCUUGGGUUGAUGACGCUGAUACGUACGACUGUAAACAAUUGAGGUGUAAACGACGUGAUGAAUCAAAUCCGAGCGUUAUCUGGACCCAUUUCUUGGGCGUUUUGGACAAUUCAAUUUGUGGCAAAGGAUCAGGUCGGUGUUUCCGGGGAAGAUGCCGACUGAAUGGAAAACUUAUCCAAAAUCAGUUUGAUGGAAAUUGCAUCGCGACACCGGAUCUGUUUGGACACAUGGUUCCCGCCAAGAUGUCCAAUUGUCCACCUUCAAAGGAUAUAACGCCGCUUAAUUCUCUAGAAAUUCGGGAUGGUCCAGGCGACAAGAGGUUGGGAACGCCCUUCACAGAGUCGGGAAAUACAGAGAAUGCCGAGCGAUGUUUGUAUGCGGGGAAUGGAGCAGGCGGAACUAUUUGGACGGAUCGUUGCAAUUAUGAUAACCCGUGGCAUGGAUGGGAAUUUAGAAGUGUGGGAACAGUAGGUAAUUUCCUUCUUGUGCAUAAAGUUACUGGACUAUGUGCAAUUCCGGCGGGUGGGGUGGAUUACAUGAUUCAAAUGUUUCCUUGCAAGUCGGGGAAUAUGAGAAUGGUUUGGAGAUUGACACCGCCGUGAUUAAGGUGCACCUCAAGUGUGGAAUAAAACAAAAAGCCGAUAUGAAAUUAAAAUUAUUAAUAAAGUAGAAAUAACAGUA